GUCACAGUGGAAGACGUCGGCGGCCGUGAGCAUGAAUUUACUCUCGAGAAGCACGGUUUCGUGUAUGCGAAGCAGUCAUCGACGGUGAUGAAGACGAGAGAUGACCUUUUUGAUACGAAGAAGAUCGUGACCGAGUACUACCCGGAAAUGGCAGAAUUCCUCCAGCGAGUCACCGGCGCUCCUCAGAUCAAGAUCAUCCAUCAUGGUAUGCGUGUACUGAUAUCUCUUCCAGUCCGAUUACUGACCAGGGUUAGCGCCGCCCAUCUGGACUUCUCUUCCAUCCAGUCGAACAAAACAUUGCACAGCCACUUCGAAGGUGAAACAGAGGAAAUCAUGCAUGGACGCUUUAUGAUUGUAAAUGCGUGGCGCCCCAUCAAACCAGUCUACAGAGAUCCAUUCGGGAUUGCCGGCGCAAAUACCGUGCCCCAUCGGGAUCUCGUGAUCCGUCAAAAUCGAUGGUUCAAAGAGAUCCGAGAGUCGAUGGGAGUCGUGUACAAUCCCGCUCAUCGGUGGUACUACAAGUACGCUCAGCAACCCGAGGACGUAUUGAUCUUCAAGCAGUACGACAAUCACGGGAGAGCAAGGGCAUGCCCACACACUGCUUUCGUGGAUGAAGAGCACAAGGAUAAUUAUGCGCGGGAAUCCAUUGAGAUCCGAGCCAUCCUGAUCUGGCCUGAUCACGAGUCGGUUUUGGUUUCGUCCAAUCUUUGA